CCAAAGGCCAGACGGGUCCUCUAGGAGAAGGUUCAGAAUGUGAGUCAGUCCAUGGAGGUGGUCGACCUGCGGACGUCCAGAGACCUGCAGUACGUCCGAGACUCCGAGCCGCUCCUUAGAGGAGUGGAUGGACGUUUACACACGUAUGUGGCCAACCCCCGCUCUCUGACGACAAAGGGCUUGCAGGAGUUGAAGGGCCAGAUGUCCCAGCUACUGCCCCUGCUGUCCGUGGUGGAGCAGUACAGAUUGGACCUGCAGACGCUGGCCACCCUGCGGAUGGAGCUCUUCAACCUGUCCAUCAUCCUGACGGCCAUCCAGGAGGAGAUCGGAGCGUACGACUACGAGGAGCUUCAGCAGAGGGUCUUACUGCUGGAAACCAGGCUACACAGCUGCAUGAACAAACUGGGUUGUGGUCGCCUCACUGCGGUUAACGGCCCGAUCACCGUGAGAGCCUCGGGCUCCCGCUUCGGCUCCUGGAUGACUGACGCCAUGAUUCCCAGCUCCGACAGCAGGGUCUGGUCGAUGGACGGUUACUACAAGGGCAGGCGUGUGUUGGAGUACCGGACCAUGGGGGAUUUCACCAAGGGCCAAAACUUUGUGCAGCAUCUGUUGCCGCACCCCUGGGCAGGAACCGGCCACGUGGUCUACAACGGGUCGCUCUACUACAACAAGCACCAGAGCAACAUCCUGGUCCAGUACCACUUCCGCUCCCGCAGCGUGUUGCUCCAGCGCAGCCUGAGCGGAGCCGGGUACAACAACACGUUCCCCUACAGCUGGGGAGGCUCCUCCGACAUCGACCUCAUGGCCGACGAGACGGGACUGUGGGCCGUGUACACCACCAUCCCCAACGCUGGAAACAUAAUGGUGAGUCGUCUGGACCCCCGCUCGCUGGACGUGCUCCACAGCUGGGACACGGGGUUUCCCAAGCGCAGUGCAGGGGAGUCCUUCAUGAUCUGCGGCACGCUGUACGUCACCAACUCCCACCUGGCCGGGGCCAAGGUCCACUUCGCCUACCACACCAACUCCUCCACGUACGAGUACACCGACAUCCCCUUCCACAACCUGUACUCCCACAUCAGCAUGAUGGACUACAACCCCAGGGAGCGGGCGCUGUACACCUGGAACAACGGACACCAGGUCCUGUACAACGUCACGCUGUUCCACGUGAUCCGGAGCGACGGAUAG